CUUCUUCCGUGGUGCGCCGUUUGAAGAGCCGUCGAGCCCUCUGAGGCGAUGGUGUGGAAACUUUCUUGCCGAUAGCCACGCAGUACAGCAGCGGCACGAACCUGGAAAAGAGCGCGUGAGCCGAAAGGUGCCCGAGUGAACUCGCUUUAUUUUUAUUUUAUUGCCUGCACCGUUGGAGUGACUAUAAUGCAGGCUCGGGGACAAAACGCCGCGGUCCAUCGAGACACCGGUGCACGCGACGCAGCAAUGACCACCCCCGAAAACAGCAAAGUUCCAAAGGAAGGCAGCUGGUCAUCGGAAAUGGCUGAUAGUGGGAAAUCUUUCGUGUCUGCCCUGAUUCGGAGAAAAAGGUUCGGGGCCAAUGUCGCCGAGGCUUCGCAGCUCAAUCGGUGUCUCUCCACAUUUGACCUGACCCUGCUUGGGGUCGGGGGCACUCUAGGCCUGGGCAUCUACGUUCUGGCCGGACAAGUGGCCAGCACCAAGGCUGGACCCGCCGUCGUCCUCUCGUUCCUUAUUGCCGCCGUCGCCUCCGUAUUCUCAGGCCUAUGUUAUGCGGAGUUUGGAUCACGCGUCCCUCGGGCGGGGUCAGCAUACGUGUACAGUUACGUUACGGUGGGGGAGUUCAUGGCAUUCGUCAUUGGAUGGAAUCUCAUCCUUGAGUACAUAAUUGGUACGGCAUCAGUGGCAAGAGGUUACAGCGGAUACCUAGAUAGCCUGCUGAACCACACCAUUGAGACGCACAUGAGGCAGUGGAUGCCCAUCAGCAUCAGCUGGCUCUCGUCCUACCCGGACCUGUUUGCUCUUGGCAUCACCCUCCUCCUGGCCAUAAUGCUGGCCAUUGGAGUGAAGGAGUCGACACGCUUCAACAAUGUCUUCACAGGGCUCAAUUUGCUGGUGGUGCUUUACGUGGUCAUUGCUGGCUCUUUUGCGGCCAACAUUGCCAAUUGGCAGAUCAAGCCAAGUGACGUUCCCAGCGGUCAUGGCAAGGGAGGCUUCUUUCCGUACGGUGUGGGUGGUGUGCUCAAUGGGGCUGCCUCCUGUUUCUAUGGCUUUGUGGGUUUUGACGUAAUUGCUACGAUGGGCGAGGAGGUCCGGAAUCCCCGACGGGCCAUCCCCAUUGGCAUAGUCCUCUCGCUUGGCAUUGUGUUCCUGGCGUACUUUGGCGUCUCCAUCAUCGAGACGCUCCUCUGGCCAUAUUAUGCGCAGAACGUGUCCGCACCACUGCCCUUUGUCUUCCAGCAGGUUGGCUGGCCAGUGGCCAAGUGGAUCAUCUCCAUUGGCGCUCUGGCUGGGCUGUCCACAAGUCUUUUGGGCGGCAUGUUCCCUCUACCACGUGUCCUCUACGCCAUGGGCUCAGAUGGACUCAUCUUCCGCUUCCUGGCCAUCGUGCACCCGCGCCUCAAGACGCCCCUGAUCGCCACCGCCGUGUCAGGCAUAUUUGCCGGUGUGAUGGCGAUGAUGUUUAACGUGGAAGAGCUCGCCAACAUGAUGUCCAUUGGAACGCUGCUGGCCUACAGCCUGGUGGCAGUCUCUGUGCUCAUGUUGAGAUAUGAACCUCUGAGCCCCAAAUCCAUCGCAUCUCCUGAACCAUCCCUUUCAGUGUCCAUCUCCAAUAGGAGACGAAUGUAUGACGUCACACGUCCAUCUGAUGGCGAUGCUGAUGCGCCAGACUCUAGGAAGCAGGCAGAUGACCAGAAGGCGCGGAGCAUCAUAACUACACUUUUUAACCUGGAUCGCCUCCCCAGCCCUACGCAGACUACAUCCCUCCUUGUCAAGAUUCUCACCCUGGUCCUUGGGGCCCUGUUCAUGGCGCUGACAGCGCUGCUGGUGUUUGCCGAAGACAAGGUGCUGACCCUCGCCACCUCUGCCCUGGUGCCUCUCGUACUCAUGUCACUGGUCUCCAUUUUUUGCAUCGCCUGCAUCAUAAGGCAACCCAGUGCCAGCACCGAGAGCCUUGCAUUUGCGGUUCCCCUGGUGCCAUUAAUUCCAUUGUUCAACAUGUUCGUCAACCUGUACCUUAUGAUGCGUCUUCCCCUAGCCACCUGGGCUAGAUUUGGUAUCUGGAUGGCCGUGGGGAUGGUGAUCUACUUCGGCUACGGCAUCUGGAACAGUUCGCAGAGGAAAGCAUCGCCCCCAAUCCUGGACGAUGCUGCCGGCUCAGUAGAGUCGUCCAGUUCAGAUCACCACAGUGAAGACGAGGCUGCAAGUCCAUCAGCCAAGACUAGACACUGACCAAAGCUUUUUGUUGCUGGCCCAACAGGACUUUCUGUUCCUACCCUUUUUUUAUUGCCCUGAAAACAAGGUCACGUCAGCUUGGACAAUGACUCUUCUGCACUCUUUAUCAGCCGACGUGCAAUGCCAAGAUGGCACUGUGAUAAGGCAGGCUGUGCCUGUGAUAACGAAUGUAACAGUAUGUGUUUGUCUAUUAACUUUCCUUUUGUACAUUGCAUAUCUUCGUACUUUUUGUGUGACUGCAAGAAGUGCAGAGUACUUGGACUGCGAUUCACAUUUUUGUAAAAUGAUGCCGCUGUUUGCUAUUGGCAACGAAAUCUUCCUUUGGAAUGUCUGAUUACAGUGCCACUGUGCAGUUAAGUGAUUGAUGAAGGAAUAUUUAUUAGCGCAUUUUUGAGGCUAUAUUGCCUAUUUUUUCGUUCUUGUAUGCUAUGAUUUGCCAACAUUGGCACUUGUGGCAUCCUAAAACUCUUGGGUCGUGCCGUGUGGGGGCAGUGUCUGAUGCAAUAGUGUACUAAUUACUCCCAAAGCUUGUGAGGCUUUUAAAGCAUACAUAAUGUACCUUACUCUAUAGAAUAUCUUGCACCCUGUCGGGGUUUGCUUGUUUACUGAAUAUUUGUCUGUUGCCACAUCAGUCACACAUGAAAAAGUUUCCCACUGUUCAAGAUUAUGUGGCCCAGUGUCCACUGCCUUCCCAUUUGCGAUGAGACUUGGAUUCUGUUAAGCAUAUUGUCUAGUCUUAACUACGCAGAUUUUAGGGCUUUAGGGCAUUCAUGCCUCUAUAAUUGCUCUUGACUUGACAGUGCUACGUGGCUACUUGCAAACAUUAUUGUUUUUUUAAUUUGGUUCAUGUGCAUUGACCACAGCUUUAGAAAUUGCUGGGGAACUUCUUGCACUUCCUCAAUGUAACUUUUGCUACAGGUAAAGCUUCAUAAUUCCAUACUAUUUGCAUUAAUGCGGUCAUACUUGUACACUGAUUGCUUUUGACCAGCAUCACGUACCAUGUUUACUAGCAUGAUAUAUGCACUUUACUUUCCAAGGAAUUAGUGCAAAUGUAGGCGCAUUGUUUAUAUGGGGUAAAAUUCCCAACAAGCUUUUCCAUGGGUUGAAAAUAAGAAGCAAUUAAACUAGUCCAUUUGAUGCACUUUUAAUGCACAGACAUACCAUCUUUAUCAAUAAAAGGAUUAUUAACAUUUAUCAAGUAUAUAGCGCACUGAGAGUGGAUGAAAGGAGAGCGCGAUUAGCCAAAGUAUCUCACAACGACAUUUUCAUACCUAGUACCACUGCAAGUUAUUAUAAGCCACAAGUGGUGAUCACAGAACCCUGCUGCAUUGUGUGCACAGAGAUUUAUGAUUAAGCUAUGUAGCAUAAAAGUUAUGGGACCAGCCUCGUGUGUAUUAAUUCGAUGUGUGAUUGCCAAGUCGAAUGUCAAGUCGAAAUGAUUUUGAGGCGCCCGCUGCUGCAUUUACAUAAACCCAGUUUAGGGACUUGGACUGCAGUACCGGUGAACAGAUUAGACUCCGUGAGCACAAAUCAUUUUCCGUUCUACACUCCCCACUUUAGGUUUCGAACCGAUGCGACUCUGUGACUUGACAUGUUAAUUUACGUGUGCUUCGCUGAAUAGCUAGGUUGCCUGUUAAUUUACACAUACAUUGCUGAGUAGCUAAAUCAAGCGACACAACACAAUGCCAUUAUGAAAACAGGUUUGAUUGACGACACUUCGCAUCAAGCACAGCCAUCAUCAUUGCGCCAAGCUUCACAGUGUUACCAGUGUGUAAGCAAAAGCGAGAGAGAUGUGUAUAUAAAAAAACAAAUAUUUUCUACGAUCAGUUUGUGGAGUGCAAAUAUCACGCAUGUAAAUAUGGCUUAUGGUACACGUAGUGUCAUCAUUCAGUAAAACUGGCUCAAGUUCCGUUUUUAUCAAUUGCAUACGUGAGAUCAUUAAGUAGGUAGAACUUGGUUUUAGGCAGGUUGCUGUAGCAGAAGAGCCUUGCUGUGUGCUGUGAUGUGAUGUGAUUAAGGCAUACUUUUGUUAGAGCUUGUGCUUCCUCAUCAUUUCGCAUGGUACGCGCAUGCAUUCAUUGCACCAAGUGACCACGUGAUGUGUGCCCAGUUGACAUCCAUAGCAUUGUUUCCAGUCGCACAAUUUCUGAAGGGUUGCUGAGAAUUGAGGCUCACUACGUACGGGGCAACAUCCAGGGUCAGGCAUGUGCAAUGAAUACUGUGUAAAUGGCAGCGCCUUGUACUAAGGGCUGAAGCUACGUGCAUUGCUGUCUUUCUUCCAGAUUUUUACGUUUUAUACUUUUUUCCAGUGUUUGUUUGUGGCAGAAAAGUUCUGUGGGCUCGCUUUUGUGUGUCGAAGUAAAUGCAGCAAGCAUGACUUCUACUAAAUUGAGGUGCUGCAGGGUUGAGAGGCAAAUUUGCCAAUGUGAGCAAUAGAGAGCCAAGCCAUGUGACCUUAGCUGGCAUGUGUGAUGUCAUGGCUUGACUGCGGUGCAUGAGUAGCCUGUUGCUUUCCCAUGUUGGUCUCACGUAUGCUGCAGAGCUUAUGUGUGCAAAAAAGCUCCAACUACAGAUGCAAAACUUUGCCGUUUAUGAAUUUUUAUUUCCCUGUGAAUUGGCGUAAAAAGAUACGCUUUUUCCCUAGCCAGUUUCUUUUUCCCACGUAUUUUACUUUACACCGCUUUAUCGGCACUUUUUCUGUGUGCACUAUAAACAGCUUCUUGCUGUUAUCUUGCGGUGCAUGAAGAUGUUCUCAUUACCAUGCUGACUUUAUUUUGGUGUUGACCACUGGCAGGAUGAAGUGCUGUUUUUUUAUUGCUCUGAGUUGAGCCCAUUUGAAAUGUUGUCUUUUAAUUCUAUGGUUCGAGAUGAACAACAAGAGUGUGCUGAAGUUACAAGCACUGAUUUCUUUCUUUUUUUUUGUAUGCUUUGAACCGAUGUAGAAACUGACCAAAGCCGCUGCACCAUGUGCAGCGAAUGUGCUACGCGAUUUUUAUAUGCGACUCCUUCCCCCAAUACAGCGUUACGUCGUGUGUAUGUGUGUUGGGGAAACGUGUAAAAUUUUACAUGUGCUUCCAUACUUUACGCAUGGAUUCUGCGUCGUAAUGCAGUGCAGCGUUUUAUGUUGCAUCUUAAGGGACCAUUCCUUGCAUGCGACUGCCACCAAACACUGUUGCGAUUUAGAUGUUUUUGGACGACAGUGUUUCAUUGUACAGUUGUAAUUAAAGUAUUGAUGGCCGAGUGCGCCAUCACUCGUGAGCCUUGCGCUCAAUGUUUUUGCUGUGUUUAGAGUAUUUAAGACAAGUUAGUGCAGUAUAUUCGGUGAUAGUUGGAGGCAUUGUACAUGCUGUGUGGCCAACAUGGAAUAGACAUUGUUUAAUGCAACUAAAAAUUUUGAGAGCAGAUAUUUUUUAUAGAACUGUGUAUUUCUUUUUUUAAUGCAAUAUCAUAUAUUAAACCUGCUCGUAGUCCCGG